AGCGGUCCACCAGGGCGAUACUGAAUCUGAAACCAAAUUUAAAUCCAAGUCCGAGAGUUCGAUUACGAUCCCGACUCCGAGAAUAAGUGUGGCGCGCCGGCAUUCAAAGAGCUUUGUUUCCGCGAAAACAGUGAACAUUUUGCAAGGAUAUAAUCGGAGAUAUCGCGAAUAAAAAUUAUAUACUAUAUAAAUAGUUAUUGGAAUCCAACUAAGGAUUUCCUAUUUAUUUAUUUCAUUUUAUUUCUAUUUUUUUUUUGACAAAAAUCAGUGCCUGUGAACCGAAAUAUGCGAGUUGUGAAACCCAUUGUGUUGUGAAAGAGACCGGCGGAGUUCUCCUACCUGGCGCUUUAAUCGCCGCCGCCCCUUAAGCUAAAGACGUACGAUUAAAAAAAAAAAAACAAACCAAAAUCCAAAACAAAACCCCUUUGCUGGCUGUUGUUUUUUGCCGUUCGUCUCUGAGCUUUUGUUUGCGGUUAAAAUAUUUGCGGGCUUCCAUCAACGGCGCAUUUUGGAAUUCGAGUUCGAAUUCGGAUUGGUUAUCGGAAUCGCCACACCCUUCUCCUGACCAGGCUAAGAUCCGUAGUAUGCCAACGCUGCCAUGCUGCUGAGACAACGCCUGGACAACGGCUAGGACGGCUGUGGAUCAGGAGAUCAGGAUCGGGUCAUGGACAGCAAGAGCAGGAUGCGGACUCGGAUGCGGAUCACGUUGCUCUGCUUGUGGCUGGCCCUGGAGGCACCCGGUAAAACGUCGGCAGCCAAUCCACUAUUCGGACUUCAUUCCGAUGAACUGGUGGCGGAUGAGGGACAACUAGUGGUCCCCCGUCGCGUCCAUGCCGAUGGCAAAUUUAUGACCCACUCCCUGGCCUAUGCCCAUGAUCGUGAUCAUCGAAGGCAUCGCCAGCGACGCAGUUUCCACGACGACCAGGAGGAGGAGCCGGAGCCAGCGGAGCUUCAUCUACAGCUUCCACUGGCCAAUGAGACGCUCCAUUUGGAGCUGAUGGCGCAUAGCUACUUCCUGGCCCCGCAUCUGGUGGUGGAGCGGCAUCGUCGUGACCUUCGCACCCGAUCCUCGUUGACGGCAAGGCACCUUAACUGUCAUUUCCAUGGCAAGGUGCGCGGCGAGCCGGACACCAAUGUGGCCAUCUCCACCUGCUCGGGACUGGUGGGCCACAUCCGGACGGCCAGCAAUGAGUACUUUAUCGAGCCAUCCAAGCAGCAUGAGGCGCAUCCCGUCAACGGCCAUCCGCACGUUGUCUUCCAGCGCACCUCCGUGAAGCCAAGGCAGCAGCAGCAGUCCCGGAUGCGUAACAAGCGCAAACGCGGCGGGGGAUCAUCGGCAAUGGGUUCCCCCAGUUUGGAGGUCAGUAACUGUGGCACUCGAGAGCCACGACGACGCAUGGAGACGCGUCUGGAGUGGCAGGCCAAAGGCAAGGUCAAGAUCCAGGGGGGCAGACAAAUCCGGCGGCGGCACCACAAGCACCACCAGCACCCCAACAGACGGCAGCAUCACCAGCGGAAAUCGCAGCCCCGGAAGCUGCAGCUCCACAAGACCAAGUUCAAGUAUGAGACGCAGCCGGAGAUCCCGCGACGAAGGCGCUCCAUCAGCAGUCCGCGGCAUGUGGAGACACUGAUUGUGGCCGAUGCCACCAUGUCGGCAUUUCACAAGGACCUCAAUGGCUACCUGUUGACCAUCAUGAAUAUGGUUUCGGCCUUGUACAAGGAUCCCAGCAUUGGCAACUCCAUAGAGAUUGUGGUGGUGCGGAUCAUCCAGUUGGACGAGGAGGAGUCGCAGCAGCAGCUAAAUCUCACCCAGAAUGCCCAAAAGAAUUUGGAUCGAUUUUGCAGUUGGCAGCACAAGCUAAACAAGGGCAGCGAGAAGGAUCCCCAUCACCAUGACGUGGCCAUACUCAUCACACGCAAGAAUAUCUGCGCCAACAACUGCAUGACCCUUGGCCUGGCCAAUGUGGGUGGCAUGUGCAAGCCCAAGCAAUCCUGCAGCGUCAACGAGGACAAUGGCAUUAUGCUCUCCCACACAAUCACCCAUGAACUGGGUCACAACUUUGGCAUGUUCCAUGACACCGCCAAGAUCGGCUGCCAUCCGCGAGUGGGUUCCAUUGUGCACAUCAUGACGCCCACCUUUGGAGCGGACACCCUGCAGGUUUGCUGGUCGAACUGUAGCCGCAAGUACAUAACACACUUCCUGGAUCAGGGCUUAGGCGAGUGCCUGGACGAUCCACCGACGCCGCUGAAUGAAUACAACUACACUGGAGAACUGCCCGGAAUGCGGUACAAUGCCCGCGGCCAGUGCCGGCUUCAGUUUAAUCUCACCAACGACAGCGAGGUGGGCGCCUGCUCCGCCCCCCAUGAAUUCUGCUCGACGCUGUGGUGCAAGGUCAAUGGCGAAUGCGUCACCCACAUGCGUCCCACUGCCCCGGGAACGAUGUGUGGCAGGAAUAAGUGGUGCCAGAAUGGCAAGUGCGUUCGCCGGGAGGAGCUAACCGCCGUGAAUGGUGGCUGGGGGGAUUGGAGCGAGUGGAGUGAGUGCUCGCGCAGCUGUGGCGGCGGUGUGUCCACCCAACACCGGGAAUGCGAUUCACCGGUUCCGGCCAAUGGCGGUGUCUUUUGCAUUGGCGAGCGGAAGCGCUACAAGAUCUGCCGGAAGCGACCCUGUCCCGAGCAGGAGCCCAGCUUCCGGGCUCAGCAAUGCGCGCGCUUUGACAAUGUCAGUUACCAAGGGGCCACCUACAAGUGGCUGCCCUUCUUCGACAAGGAUAAUCCCUGCCGCCUGUUCUGCAGCGAUGUGGAUGACACCAUCAUUGCCAAUUGGGGCUCCACGGUUUUGGAUGGUACGCCCUGCACGCUGGGCACCAACAACAUGUGCAUCGAUGGCAUCUGCAAGAAAGUUGGUUGCGAUUGGAUCGUCGACUCGGAGAUGCAGGACGAUCGUUGCGGUGUCUGUGGCGGCGCUGGCGAUCAGUGCCAGCCGGUAAGGGAUGUCUUCAGAGAUCCAUUUGGUGCCAAAGAUGGUGCCUAUGUGGAAAUUGUUACCAUACCGGCCCGGGCGCGUCACAUUCUCAUCCGGGAGCAGGGCAAUUCGCCGCAUUUCCUGGCCGUGGGACGGGCCGCCGCCCAUAGCGAACGGUUCUAUCUGAAUGGCGAUAGCCUCAUCUCUAUGCCGGGGGAAUUCGAGAUAGCCGGCGCCGAGAGCCUCUACGAUCGGGUCGACGAGCAGGAGACCAUCACAAUACCUCAGCCCAUCCAGCAUUCCAUAUCGCUAUACGCGAUUGUGCGCGGCAAUGAGAGCAACUCGGGCAUCUUCUAUGAGUUCACUCUGCCGGCGGUGAACAUCAGCGUAGGAAGGCAGUUCCUGUGGCGUCUGAGCAACUGGACCGUCUGCUCCGCCAGCUGUGGGGGCGGGGUGCAGCACCGGGAGCCGGUGUGCCAGGAGAACGGCAAGGUGUUGGGCGACACGCUGCCCUGUUGGACGCACGCCAAGAACCGGAGGCCCCAGCGACAGUCGCGGGCCUGCGCCGAGCAACCAUGCCCGGCCCACUGGUGGCCGGGACCGUGGCAGUUCUGUCCGCUUACCUGCCGCCCGACGGGAUCAGCGACUGCGCCACUUCGCCGGCGAUCCGUUGUAUGCCUAGACCAGCAUGACGUGGUGGUGGCCGAUGCGGAGUGCGAUGCGAUGGCCAAGCCGCCGGAAACAGAGCCCUGCGAGGCCACAUUGCCCUAUUGCCGGUCGAAGGAGUGAGCUUCCGGCGGAAACGGAAAUGUAUUUAUUCACAGUACAGGAACAGUGCGAACAUACAUAUUUAUUCAAGCGUGCCACCGGAAUUGCAGUGGAUUUGAAAUCACUUCAUGUACAGCCCGAAAGUAUGCAAAAAUAAUAAAUUUUCUAUAUAAAAUA